AUGGGUGUCAUCGACACGCAGCCGGGAAAGACGCUCUACGUGAUAUACUGGGCUGGCUCUCUCAUUCUCGUGAAGCUGCCUUUCUGGUCGUUGAAGUACGCGCUGCCUUCGCAACGACCUCGUCCUACCUGGACAUGGAAACGGGCUAUGAUCGUCAAACUCAUCCAAGAGAUCUUUUCUUGCAAAGUUGACCUCUGGGAGGACGAGGAGAGGGACUUGACGGCUACCAUCCCAGACAGCUCUCUUACGGAUGCCAAGUUUGUGUGGGUGGAAGGCGUCGACGACGAGCUGUAUUGUGGCGAAAUUCGUCGUCUAGGCCAAAUCACCGGUGUCCGCCCAGCCAAGAUCGGUGGCUACUGGUAUCUCAAGAAGGACUCGGAAUGGGACAGUCCAAAGGCCAAACCCGGGGAGAAAACCGUUCUCUUCAUGCAUGGCGGUGCUUUCUAUAGGGGGACAGCACAUCCUUCUGACAUCACAGCCAACUUCCCUCGCGGGCUGCUUCAGCGCUCUCAGACACUCCAGCGCAUCUUCGCAAUCGAGUACCGUCUGAGCGCAUCUGCGCCCAAGCCACCCGCAAACCCAUUUCCCGCCGCGCUCCUGGACACGCUCGCCGGGUACCGCUACCUCGUGCAGGACGCAGGCUUCGCGCCAGAGAACAUCAUCGUCGCCGGCGACUCUGCAGGAGGCAGUCUUGCAGUUGCACUCACCCGUCAUCUCAUCGAGAACCCCAUCCCAUCCCUGCCGCCCCCGGGUCGCAUCUUGAGCGCCUCGGGCUGGUUCGACCUUGCCAUGUCACGCGUGGGUCCCGACUCGUCGAACGUUCUGAACGGUCCGAUCGAUAUAUUUGGCGCGGAGGAGCCCGGGACGAUCUUUGGGGAGUACCAGGUGACGGCGUACCGCGGUGCGCUCGACUUCGAGGUGGUGAAGACAAACCGCUACAUCUCGCCCUCGUCGCUCGAAUGCGAGCCGACGAAGGGCCGGGGUCUUUUCGAGGGUUUUCCGGAAACAUACGUCGCUGUCGGAGGUGCCGAGCGUGGGCUGGAUGAGUCGACUGCGCUGAUCGAGAGGAUGAGGGCUGACGGGGUGAAGGUGGUGGAAGAUGUUCCUCCGGAUGCUGUGCACGACUUUGUCGUGUUCACAUGGCAUGAUCCUGAGCGCGUUGAGGUAUUGGGCCGGAUGGGCAGGUGGAUUGACGCGAUCCAAACUAGAGAGUUCUAG